CGGUAUAAGUGACAUAGAAAGGCAACAAUACUUUCAAAUCUUUUCUAAACUUGGACCUUCACCUAGUGGCUAUCUUUCAGGCACUCAGGCAAAGAAUUGGCUUUUGAAUUCGACCCUUCCUGUACCAUGGCUCGAAAAAAUAUGGGAUCUUUGUGAUAUUGAUAAAGAUGGUCAACUAGACUUUGAUGAGUUCACAGUAACCUGUAAACUCGUUAAUGAUCUUUUAGCUCGUGUAUAUAUGGAUGUGCCUUCAUCACUCCCAUCUCAUCUGAUUCCUAAAAGCAAGAUACAUCUAUUUGUAGGGAAUAAUACUGGAUAUGUUAGCGGCGGAGGUUCGUCGUUGGGAAUGAACCCAGGCCUUUUUUCGCAACAAAUUAUUAGUCCUAUUCCACAAUCCGUUAAUACAAUUCCUCAAAUCAAUUUGUCAAAUACAAUUCCUUCCUAUCAAUUAUCACAACAAUUGCCACGAAUUCCUACACCACCUCGUCAGAGUAGUUACAGUAGUUUUCCUACUGCACCAUUGUCUGAUGAUUUUGAUUGGUAUAUGCCACCCGCUGAUAAGUUUAAUUACGAAAACGAAUAUAAGAAGCAAGCAGGUCCUCACGGCUAUGUUAGAUGUAAGGGUCUCAUUGAUGUGAACUUUGAGCAACGAGUAGGCAAAGACCAAUGUCUUGUAUUUCUUCAUAUAUUAAAUCAGCGAAGUAAAGGCAAACGCAUACCUGAUACUUUACCGAACGCUUUGAAAACUUCAUUAGUAAGGGGAAAACUUAAUUAUAAUUACAAUGAAACUGCUGAUCCAUCAUGGAAAUCAAGGUCAUCCGAUAGUGGAUCAGUAAAGUCAAGUGGUUAUAGCGAAUUUCAGUCGAGUUCUUCAAAAUGGGAGGAAGAUCGAUUACAGAAGGAACUUGAUGAUUUAAAUGAAAGGAUUCAAAGAGCUGAAGCAACAGCAUUGUCUUCAUAUACGAGUGCGCUUCAAUCAUCUGGUGAUUCAAAUGUUGUAGCAGAAUUCAAACAAUUAUACGAAUAUAAGCAACAAAGACAUGCAGAAUUGGUCGAAAAAGAGCAAACUAAUAGAACAUUGGAAGAAUAUAUUCAAAAAGAACGAAAUCAUCUUCGCGAAUUACAAGACAAUAUACAAUCUUUAAAGAAUCAAGCGCAACUAUUGGAAAAUGAUUUAGAGUCAAGUCAAACAGAGUAUAAAAAUCUUCAACGGGAGAUUGACAGUGCAAAGUUGAUGCGAUAG